AUGAGCAGUUGUGUUACCACCGAGUUCAAGACAGGCAAGAAAGAAUACCAGCAGAGCUGGAGGAUGAGCUUCUACCCUCAAGGCUUCUCGGACCCCGAGUCGACGAGCUUCUUUGUCACAAACUUAGGGUGCCUGGAAGGAACCGAGUCGAACACGGUCAGUGCGACGGUGGAGAUAUCGAUCCUCAGACAAGCAGAGGACAAGCGGUCUUCCUCGAAGCAGAAGAAUGCAUCUCGAGCAGCAUCGGCUCAAAAGGCAGCAUCUAGACUGGCUGAUGAUCGAUCCUCCUCCUCUGGGAGUUCAGUGAUGUCGAGAUCAUCUCAGAUGUCUGUGUCGAACAAGGCACGGUCGGUCGGAAACAAACCUGAGGGCUGGGGGAUGGAGGUACAGAUGGGGUUGUCGCGCAGGUUCUGUAAAUCCUUCGACCAGGUGAAUCACACCUACGGGUUUGAGAAGUUUGUUGAUCGCGAGUAUCUCUUCAACUUGAGGAAUGGAUUCCUGCUGGAAACGGCAAAGGAUCAGAUCAAGCCGAUGGAUGGAACCAUCGUCGUUCGAGUGACUCUGUUCUGCAUCAUUGGAAUCACCCUGAAUGCUCCCGAGAAAAUCAGCGAAAUCAACCACAAUGGAUGGCAGCGCGUAGAGUGGACAAUAUCUGACUUCUCCCGUGUCUGUAGAUGCUUUCAGAAGGAUACAAAGCUUUCAUCUCCCGAGUUCUCCUCGAAUGGGUUGUGGACCAUUGACUUGUAUCCCCAUGGCUACCGGAUUGGAGACACAAACGAUCAAUGGAUCUCCAUCUAUCUCCAUGCAGUCCGAGAUUACUUGGACAGGGUCGUCAAAAGAAAGUGCAGGUUCAGGAUCGGGCUGAAGAAGCAGAACCCUAUGCCGCAGGCCCUCUACGCCAUUCUCGGAGAGACGGAGGACGACGAUGUCUACUUCCCCAAGAGCACGAUGAUCACAAACAUCUUCACAUCUUCGAGCAUGACCGCGGGCUACCAACAUUUCAUACCAUUCAAUACUCUCAUCAAGGGAAGAGACUUGCACUCCGUCCUCCCAGCUGGGAAAAGCAAAGCACUUGCGCCCCAGCUGCUCAAAGGCCUAGAACGCGAGCUGGUAGCGGGUAAGUUUGACAAGGGGGGCUCAAUCACGAUUGUCGUGGACAUCUUGAUGAUCGACUCUGUGGAGGGUCAAGUGCAGCAGAUGCUGCAAUACAUGCGACCGAAGAAGAAAUCGAAACGACAACAGGCCAAGAUGUUGCAAUGGCAAGAUGUUGAGAUUUUCAAACAGUUUGCACAACAGACCCCCUGUUACUUCUGUGGCGAACAGUUUGCGCCGUCCGACUUGAUCUCGUCUCCCAGCAGCCGAAUGCCACAAUUUGGUUAUGAGAUCGGGAGGGAACAUGUGGUCGAUACUAUCCUCGCAGAGGAGGACCCCAGCCUUGCGGUCUCGUUAGGCAGGAUGGACAUGAAAGCAAGCAUGCAGAAAAUCAUGACUCACUUUGACUUGCUCCAAAAAGUUCCUGGGAUGCCAUGUAUGAGGAGAAGGAAUAUCCCCAAAGAUCCUUUUUUGGAUAUUGAACCUGAAGAAGUUACGGUCAGCUCUCUGUCGAGCAGGUUUCAUCUUCUUGAAUUGAUCAUGAUGGUGAUCGAUGAGCAUCUCAGAGCUGCAGCCAAGGAGAUGCAGAGAAGCAUUGAAUUUGAAAGGAAAUUAGAGGAGUUGCGUAAAGAUGUCGAGGACUCUUUGUAUUCCAAACCUGUUUGCUUCAAGUGCAUCGAGCUUUGCAACGAGUUAGAAAGCUGCCCAACAAUCGCAGCCGGCAAUCUUUUUGAGGAACCUGAAGAUGAGGUAUCCAACUCGAAAUCAAACACGAAAGACGAUCAGCCGCUUUGGAGGCAGAUGAAGGACAAAGUAGAUUUGCUUGUUGCUGGCGUAGGCCUAGACCCCAGAAACAACAAGUUAGCUCUUGCUCGCGGAGGAAUCUACGGAGAACCCCUUGAGCUUGCAAGAUAUUGUAGCGGCAGAUUAGCCAAUGCUGAAGAGGACGCUCUAACCGAAGUCUUCUGCGACGUCAGGUGUGUGGUCAUGGUGUUUGUGCCAGAACACAACCGAGUGAUCCUGCCGGUUCUAGAUUUGAUCGAAAUCGCAAGCAAGGAGCAUCGGAAGUAUCGUUGCGUUGCGACAGGAAAGCAACUGAGAGGAGAUGAGGUCUUCUGCGAGAGCUGCAUCCGCUUUCGAUCUCCCCUGCCUGAGUUCAGUGAGAGGCCUGAAUGUGCUCAAGUCUUCCCUGUCUGCUUUGAGGCAUGGCGGCAGAGGGCGACCGAGCUCAACGGCAAGAUCCUCGGCGUCACAGAGCAGAAGCGAGAGGAGGGAGGAGCAUGGAGUCUCUUCGCGUCUUCUGGUCGACGGGUCGGAGUCGUCGUGCAGGGAGCGCAGGGUGACGACGAGGACGAUGAUGAGUCUCCUCUCCUGGACGCUGUGCGGAGCAUCCCCUUUGUGGGGAAGGAUUGGGCGGAAGGUGCUUCCAAAUGGAUGAGCGAGCAGUAG